AUGGGAACGGAUUCCAUUAGCUCAAGUUUCAGCCAUUUGGGGCGAAAACUCAGCGAUUUGAAUAUCAAUGAUGAUUCCGCCGCUUUCAGCGAAUGCAACAGUGAUGGAUCCGGCGAGUUUCCGACGACGUCUUCUCAAAGCCGCCGCCUGUUACUCGCCUGCGCUUCUGAUAAUUCUGAGGAGUUGAUUUCCCAACUGAUAUCGAACCUCCAGUCUGAUAACAUAGAUGAUCAAAAACAAGCUGCCAUGGGAAUCAGGUUGCUGGCCAAGAACAAACCUGAGAAUCGGAUCAAAAUUGCAAGAACCGGCGCCAUUAAACCACUUGUGUCGGUAAUCUCGUCAAAUGAUGCUCAAUUACAGGAAUAUGGAGUCACAGCUAUUCUUAAUUUGUCACUAUGUGACGAAAAUAAGGAUUUGAUUGCAUCUUCUGGCGCUAUCAAACCGUUAGUCCGCGCAUUGAAAUUGGGAACUUCAACGGCUCGAGAGAACGCGGCUUGCGCUCUGCUUCGGCUCUCCCAGAUCGAAGAGAAUAAAACCGCGAUAGGCCGGUCUGGAGCGAUUCCUCCGCUGGUGAAUUUGCUAGAGAUAGGGAAUUUUCGAGGUAAAAAGGAUGCUUGCACGGCUUUGUAUUCGCUCUGUUCUGUUAAGGAGAACAAAACUAGGGCUGUUCAGGCGGGGAUUAUGAAGCCUCUGGUGGAGUUAAUGGCGGAUUUUGGGUCGAACAUGGUGGAUAAAUCGGCUUUUGUUUUGAGCCUAUUGGUAUCGACGCCGGAAGCAAGGGCGGCAGUAGUGGAGGAAGGCGGGAUUCCGGUACUGGUGGAAAUAGUGGAGGUGGGAACUCAACGGCAGAAGGAGAUUGCAGUGUGCAUAUUAUUGCAAUUAUGCGAAGAUAGCUUGACAUACCGGACAAUGGUGGCUCGCGAAGGAGCGAUUCCGCCUUUGAUCGCCUUGUCGCAGACCGGAACCAGUCGUGCAAAACAGAAGUCGGAAGCACUGAUUGAGGUUUUACGGCAGCCAAGAUCCGUGAACAACGCUGCCUCUGCAAGAACAUCUAAUGUGUCAGUUUGA